CAGUGGUGUUCGUGAGCCGGGGGGGCAGUGGUGGGAAGGGGGAGAAGUAGGGAGGGAAGGGGAGGUGGAGGUGCGUCAAACGGAAGGCGGAAGGGUGGCCGAGGUUCGCGCGAAGACUCGAAUAAGUUGAGCGCGUUGAGCCGAACGUGGAAGAGAGAUAGAGAUAGAUAGUGAGACAGACAGAUAGAUAGGUAGUUAGACAGAGAAAGAGAGAGAGAAAGAGAGAGAGAGAGAGAAGGAGAGAAAGGAACAGGUAGUGUGUUUAGUGAGUGUGAUAUUGUAACAGAAAGAUAUAUAUAUAUAUAUAUAUAUAUAUAUAUAUACACGUAUAUGUAAUAAAAGAAUUAAAAAUAAAAAAGAAAAUAAUAAGGAAGUAAAAAGAAGGAAAGAAAAAACGAAUCAAGUCGUUCGUUCCUGUGCCGUCCGACAGAGUGGAGAGGAAAAAGCUUCGAGCACGAAUAAUGUCGACGGGCAAGAGACUGGCGAAGCGCAGUAUAAUAGGUACGAGGGUGUGCGCGCCCGGCGAGGACGGUAAAUAUUACAGUGGUGUAAUACACGCCGUAAAGACGCCGGCGUCGUCGGCGUCCGAGUCUGGUUUGAGUAUAACACCUAAGACACGGUACUCCGUAAGAUUUGACACGGUGCCCGGUGGCAGACCACCGAGUCCAAGUACCGAAUAUUCCGACCGUGACCUCAUAGGACCCGGAUUUGGUUCCGUCACAGGCGCACGCCUCGUACCAGGUCAGAAGGUUUACCUAACCUACAACGGUAGGGAGAUACAAGCGGAGGUCACUCAGCACCGUGAACAUCUCGACGAGGUUGACGUCGUCAUUGCACCGAACGGACAGGAGGGUACGAUGAGUCUGACAAAACGCAUAGACGAAGUCAGAUUACUGGAGUCACGCAAGAGUGCUCGGUUAGCUGAUCAGGACACUGAUUUCGCUAGACUCGCAGAUAUGGCCGGCGAUCGAAAACGUGCCUCGUCUCACUCCAUCGACGUACCGCACGUGAUCGGGUCUAGAAAAAGGCGGCCAAGCUCGAGCAAUGAUUCCGAACGAUCUUACAGUGGAUGGAGCGAAAGGAUACCUCACGGUUGCGGUCGAGAGGGUUGUCGCACCAACGAACGCGGUGAUUGCAUGGACGAAUGCACUGCCGCGUUGGUUCUCAUGUCGCUUUCAUGCUCGCCCCAUAGUCCUCACAACCCCCUGCCACUUCACUGCCAACACAAUUACGGUUCCUGGGGAAGUCGAGGAGGAGGCGGAGGUGGUGUAGUAGUUGGUUCACCAGGAGUCGGUGGUACCUCGAAUAGCAGCAGCAGCAGCAGUGGUGCUUCCUGGCGAAGUGGCACCCCUAGUCCACCCCUAAGCGACGAGGGUGCACCAACGACUGGUUCGUUAUGGCCAACACCAGCCCAUGUUUCGCACAUUAAUCAAGCUCAUUAUCCUUGCAACCUUUCGGGUUCAUCUUCAAGCAGUACACCAGGUUCAACGAUCACUAUGGACGAGGGUAUAGUGCCGGAUUAUCUCGAAGAACAGCAUCCUCGUAAAAAGAAGAUCCGAGCGAAAGCCGACCGAGAUCCGAUCGAAAGUGAACCAGGUUCCUGUGCGACCUUCGAGAGCGAACAGGCAAACGCCGCCGUAGUCUUCAAAUGUACAUGGAAGGGUUGUCUCGAAAUCAAGGCUACAGUACCUCUGAUCGAGGAACACGUGCGCCAGAGUCAUCUUGGUCCAAAGAAAUCGAAAGUCUAUGAGAACGAGGACGAUGACGAUAUAUCGGAUCACGAGGAGGAAUUUUAUUAUCAGGAAGUUGCGGUGGAUCAUAUGAGUUCGCCGCCUACCAUGUCGCACCGAGACAUGGCCAGGCCACCUCACGAAGAUCCGGAGUAUCAGAAACAACUUCGUUUAGAGGCAGUGCCGGUGAAUCCGAGCAAUACGGAAAGCAACGGUGCAACAGCGAUGCCGUGCGUGAAGGAACGAAACAAUGCAUUCACGAUCCUACAGUCGCCUGGAACGCCGAUCAAGCACAUAAAGUUGUCGCCACGUCCGUUCCAAGCCUAUCACCAGCAGAACAUGGGUCUUUUGACGGUGUCCACAGGAAAGAUACCAUCCUCACCACGUAGGAUCCGCGGUGAAACAAAAAAAUGUCGCAAGGUUUACGGCAUGGAGCACCGUGAUCUCUGGUGCACUCAAUGCAAAUGGAAGAAGGCAUGUAGUCGUUUCGGCGACUAGGCCAAAAAGCCGCCCCGUUCUAACGUCCGCGGGCGGAGAUCAUCGCCGAGCCGACCCCAGAAUAUUAAUACGAUGCCAGUGCCAGCAAGACGUCGAUUGUCCUCGUCGUAUCAUCGUCGACCAGAACAAGUAACUCCGCCGCCAUCAUUACUGUCAUCGGUAUUAUCAUCAACGACAUCGCCAUCGACACUACCAACGACUGCCAACGAUGAUAAUCGAAUCGAGAGAAACGAGCGUCGAAGAGAAACGAGAUCCUCGUUAUAUCGGCACGAUCACUAAAGAACGCGGUUCUUUAGCGAAGAUAUAUAUAUAUAUAUAUAUAUCUUUAUAUAUAUAUAUAUAUCUUUAUAUAUAUAUAUACCCUCUUUAUCGUCCACCAUCUUUUAAACGAUGGCUAAAGCGUGUAUAACCACCUCGACGGAUUCCUUCCGAACGAUCGUCCAUCCGUAAGACGCGUUCCUUCUUUUUUUCUUCUUCAUCUUCUUCUUAUUUGUAUUCUUACUCUUAUUCUUAUUCUUCUUUCAUCGUCUUGUCCUUGUCCACUUUUUGAUCUCCUUCGUCUUGUUAAUUCUCCUAUUACUCUCCUUUCUCUUUCCUCCAUUUUAUCCUUCUUCUUCUUCUUCCUCCUCCUUAACCAAUUUCUUUUUUUCUCGAUGACGAGUUUCUCGACGGCCAGAAAUCUCUUCCCAAAGAGAAACGUCUAUCCCAUGACGGAUGGCGGACGGGGUUAUAUAAGGGCCGAUCUUCGUGCGUUCUCGCGAGCUCCUUGUUUCGGGCACACAGCACAACACACAUAUGGCGAACUAUUAGAAAUGGGGAGUUAGUGGAGAUAGAGGGGUGGGAGUGAGACACAGGGGUGCCUUCGCCUUAACGAAGGAAUCUUAAUUAAUUAAUAGAUAGGGAAUAAUUGGUGCGAGCGUGCGCGCGAGGCAUACUAACGACCGAUGCGUGCUCUCCGCAUUUACACAUUAUGUGUAUAUGCAUGUAUGUGUGUACGUAUGUGUGUAUGUAUGUAUGUAUGUAUGUAUGUAUGUAUGUAUGUAUGUAUGUAUGUAUGUAUGUAUGUAUGUAUGUGUCGUCGUGUAUUUCUGUUAAGUUAGACGGAGAGCGCGUUAAUACGGCCUCGAUCAUGCGUUCGCCGUUCAAUAGGUAACAACUUAUUUAUUCGGUUCGGCAAGCAAGCAUGCCGAAAUCGAAUAAUCGUCGUCGAUCGUCGAUCGUCAAUCGUCAAGCGAACGAUCUUUAAGCCAAUCGAAUAUGCCCGAGCGUUAAAAAAAAUUUUUUUCUUUGUAGACUUCUCGAGGUACACACACGUUACAUAUUAUAUAUGUAUGUAUAUAUGUGUGUAUAUAUAUAUACAUAUAUAUAUAUAUAUAUAUAUUACCGAUCUCACAGAACAAAGAUAUCUACCUUAUCGACGACGACGUCGUCACCAAAUCACCAUUUUCAUUUUAUAACAAUAUCUCUAAAAUAUCUCUCUAAAAUCUAUCGAUCCUACUUGAAAUCGCGUUAGAUAAGCUCCAAUCGUAAAAAAGAAAGAAAAUAUCGAAAUAAUGUUCUGUUCUUUGACGAAUAAUGUGUGUAUCUGUAUAUAUAUAUAUAUAUAUAUAUAUAUAUAUAUAUGGAUGCACACGUAAAUACGUGUGUUAUCUUCGAAAGAAAACAUCGAAGACAGACGACAGUGGCAAAUCGGUAUUUCGACAGGCGUAUUUCGUCGCGUCGAUCGAGCCUACGGAAAUCUACCUCGACGUUUAUCUUAACGUUCGCUGAUCGAAAUCGUAAUAAUAGCGUUUUACGACUUACCUGUAUAUGUAUGUAUGCGCGCGUACAGAAAUGUCUAUGUAUUUCGAAUGAAAAUAAUAUAUACAAUAUGUCGAAGCGA